UAUUAAUUCCCCAAACUUUUUUAUCGCUUAGUAAGCGUUUUUACUGGGUUUUGUACCUUACCUGACAGCAUAUAGCACAAACGCCCGGUACAGAUUUCCAGUUACUUUGAAAUAAGUUCGUCAGUUCGAACAUAUCGUCAGAAUUGAUACAAGUAAAGAUAAAAAGCAAUGGGAAAUUCCAAAUCUUCUAACGAGCCGACCACAGGUGUUGACGAUAACCGUAAGUUUGUGUGCAUUCUUUAUGGAGGACAAAACAAGACGCACACAAAGAAUACCAAGGCUUUUAAGGAUGCUUUGCAAGAUGCUGCUUGCGGAAACCUGGACACUAGUCGAGUCGAUGUGAGCCGUCCAGGCUUUUGUGCUGAGGAUUAUUUGAAAAAGAAACCGCAGAAUCUCAUUCUUUUGAGUGUUGAUCAAGAUGGUGAAGCUCUUCUUCAAAASACCAUUAACGAACCGUGGAUAGUGCACCAUGGACUGCCUAGAGUUCUUUCAGCAUCAUUUGGUAUGGUCAAACCACAAGACAUGGUUCCGGUCCUAAACCAGCGUCAGCCCGGCACUGACAAAAAAGAUUUCUGCUUCAAAUUCYCUGACACAAGCUCUUUAGAUCCCAAUGAUUUCAGUAAUUCUCCUGUUCUGCAAGAGCUAAUCACUUCCUUGAUKGCAUCUUCGUAAAUUUAACAAAUUAAUCCAUUUUGUAAUCCUUGUUUGUAAUUAAUAAGAMCUAGUAACUGAGAAUUGGACUACUUCAAGAAAGAUCGCCAGAGAGAGAGAAAGCUGUAUUUUUCUACCUACCCCGUGAAAUAAAAUAAAACUAUUAAAGUGUGAUAGAAAAUUACAAACACUAAAACUGCAAUAUAUCACUGGAAAAUCUCAGUCUUUUACAUACUAUGUAAAUAUUUUGGAAAUUGUAUUUUACAAACAAUUUUCUCACAUUUACAAAAAAUCUACAUUGAGUACGAGGACGACAAAUGAUUUACAAAGUCUUUUGAAAUUUACAUAGUAUGUAAAAGUACCUUGGUCCUGUAAAAUCAAUUUUACAGUCUGUUUACAAACAAUUUACACAUCGUUUACAUAUAUAUAGUAUGUAAAAGUCUGAGGUUUUCCAGUAAUAUAUAUCACUAAUUAUGCAAAUUCUAUUGUUUUCUAUUUAGCUCUAUUUUGUGGUAAAUAGUGUAAAGUAUUGCACGCUUUUAGUUGUACUCUAGUCAAAUAGAGACAAUUUGAAAUAGAGGAUACUAAGCAAKGUGUAUUUGUGUAAUAUCUAUUUCACGUUUUUUUUUUAUUUAACAUAAAGCGUGAAACACUAAUUAAUUGCUUGUGAUGUACUCCAUUAAAUACAAAUAAAAAACAAUCAAAACAAA